GGACAUAGUCAGCAACCAAAACCCUAAGCAAACGAGUAAAGUGAAGUGCUGGUAACCCUUCUGGUAAGGAUCUGGUGUUUGUAGUUGGGUUGUAGAGAAAAUGGGGAAAACUGUCCUUUUCUCUUUUUAUUCGAAGUAAUGGGCAUUGAAGAAGUAGAGAAAAUGCCAUGUGUUGAGCUCAGGUGACAGCACAUGGCUUCUCUCAUUCCAACCUAUUAAACAAAUACAGGGAACCCGGGAUUCAAGUUAGGGUGGGGAAAGAAGCCACCAAAUUGGUGUAUAAUAAGGAAAGAAAGAAGGUCCCUUUUCAGUCCAAUACCGGACUUGGAAACUGUGAUCAUUCAAACUCCUGUUAUUUUAGGUACCUCCCCUUCACCAAAUCUCUUCACUUUCAUAUCUAUUAAUUCCUCCUGUUCUUACAAAUGGGAACAGCUACCAUAUUCAGUUGCAUUGCAUAUCCUAGCAAAACAAUCUCUAACCACUUAAUUUGAGUAAGAAAAGAAACAACAAGUCUAAGGAAACUGGAUUUAUAUACCCUAACCCCAUGUUUUACUAUAGUCUCCUAAACUCAUCCCACCAGAGUUAUUUUCUUUCACUGAUUCUCUUCAUCUGAUCUAUGCUAAAGUUCUUUUGUUAUUAUUAUAUCAUUAUUACUUUUUACUAAUUAUUUUCGUUUGUUUUCCUCUAGACAACUUCAAUUCAUACUUUUUGAUUGUCCAUGUCACAAAUAUAAUUGCCUUUUUGCUGAUAAGAAGCUUGAUAAAAUGCUUUCUUGUUUGUGCUUGUUCAAGAAUAUAUGGAUGCUUCUUCUUGCUCUCUUGCUUCCUUUUUCCAGGUACCUACUAGGGUUUGGGUUUUUUUCUGUCAUCUGCACAGCUAUUGUAGUGAUCUUUUUGUCUACUAGUGUUCUUCUCUAUUCUGUUUCAAAGCAUAGAGCAUUGCAACAUGUUCAUAAAUUAGUUGAAGAAAAGGUUUUGAUCAGUUCUCAAGGUUCAGAUAAAAGGGAAAACAAAAUUGCACCAACAACCCCAUUGGAAUUGGAAGUUGUUAAUGUUGAUGGUGUUCCUAGUAAUUACUCAACAACAACAUCAGCACCAGAUUUGCUAUCAGAGAGUAAAUGCCAAGACCAGUUAUGGAGUUCAGAGAACUCUGAAGUGGAUUAUCACUGCCUUGACUUCUCAGAUGGGUCAAUUUCUGAUGAGGAAAGCCUCAUAGAAAUUGAACUUCCCGGUGGACACUAUGUGGAUCAUGAUCACCAGAAAGAUCAUGAGUCAAAGAACAACUACUGCAGUUUGCAGCAGAAGAAGAAGGAGUUAUCAGCUGAGGCCCUUUUCAACCAACAAUGUCUAAUGGAGUUCUUUUCAGAAUUUAAUGAAGUGAUUGAGGAAGAAAACUUCAUAGAGAUUGACAUAUCCAUGGGUUCCAUCAAGUACUCAAGGUUUGGAAUAAAAGCAUGAGUUUAAUUAUAACACUACUGUUUUAAAAGCUCAGUUAACUGUUACCUUUUAUUUUAAUUUUUCCCACUUGGAUACAUGUGGUUGGAUUUGGAAUGUAAUACUUACUAUUAAGCUUAAUGUUGUGCAGUAGUGUGAGCUUCUGCUUCUUGCAAA